AUGCUCAGACCUGAUGAGGCGCUGAAUGAUAUGGGUACCGAUUUUGAGAGUUUGAUGGAUCAUCUGGAUAGAGUCAAAAACAGACAUGCUAAAGUUUGUACAGGUUUGGAGGAACAGGCACGCUGUGCGAAGAAAGCCAAAGAACGCAAUGAUGAGCGGGCAAAACAGGCCGAAGAAUUAAAAGUACAUGCUAAGAUCUCUGCUGUUCUCUCUAUUCCUGGAGUGAGUUUAUUGGGUGCUCCAGUAGCGACAGCAAUGAUCUGUGCAAACGGCAGCAGCGACGAAGAACAGGGAACGGGGGCUAAAAUACUUAAGGGAGCAGGUGGCGCUCUUUUGGGUGUUGGUCUAGGUGUCGUUCUCACUGCCAUUUCCCCUUUCCUACUCGGCUAUUCGGCCAUUUGCGGAGCAAAGAUGGCCGUACUCAGCAAGAGUUGGUCACGAACUUUUAAAGAUAUAGAAGGACAAAUUGGGCAAGUGCAAGAUCUUAUCGAAGAGUCAAGUGAACGCUUGAACGAUAUCAAGUCCAGUUUGACUGACCUUAAAUUGGAGAUUUCUAAAUGUAACCCGUUAGUACGUCCAGAAAAGGUAUUAUCAGAUUUCGAAAACAUUUUGAACAGUAGUAUUGACUUGCAAUUGGCGUGCGAUAAUUACGAGAACAAUUUAAAAUCGAAACAGUUGAAACAAAUUGUAGGUAUGAUCAAGAAAUAA